AUGGAUGGCUUGACCCAAGUGACGUCAACAGUGGAUGAAGAAACAGGCUCCAUAUUAUUAUGCUGCUUACACCCAAGGAUCAAUGAGUACAAUGAUGUGAUGAUGUAUCUCCUUCAAUGUAACAUGGACAUACAGUACCUUGCAUCAGGAGAAGCAUCUACAGCCACGUUGUACUACAUUACAGACUACAUGACAAAGGCUUCUCUCAAGGUGCAUGCUGGGGUGACUGCAAUGCUCUGUGCAAUUCAGAAGAAUCGUGACAAGUUUUGUGAGGAAGAAGGAGUGCCCUGCGCAGUGCAAUCAAAGAGUUUGGUUGUCAAACUUGUGAACCAGAUUGGUGCCUCUCAAGAGAUGUCACAUCAGCAGCUCAUGAGCUUCUAUGUUGGAGGAGGGGAUUGCUACAGAUUGCACAAUUUUUCAUUGCUUCACUGGGGGUACAUUUCUCAUUGA